AUGGUCUCUACUCAUAACAAAGACAAGCCAUGGGAUCAGCCCCACAUUGAUAAGUGGGCCGAGGAUGAGUUCACCGAGAAGGACAACGCUUCCGGUCUGCCCUUUGCCGAGGAGUCUUCCUUCGCCACACUGUUCCCCAAGUACCGAGAAGGCUACCUAAAGGAAAUCUGGGAUGAUGUCACCAAAGCCCUCGACCAAAAGGGUAUUGCAUGUGUUCUGGAUCUCGUUGAGGGUUCCAUGACCGUCAAAACCACCCGAAAAACUUACGAUCCUUACGCCAUUAUGAACGCUCGAGAUCUCAUCAAGCUGCUGGCCCGAUCGGUGCCUUUCCCCCAGGCAGUCAAGAUUCUCGAGGACGGCAUUGCAUGUGACGUUAUCAAGAUUGGUAACUUCACCAGCAACAAGGAGAGAUUUGUCAAGCGACGACAGCGUCUUCUUGGACCCAACGGUAACACUCUCAAGGCCCUGGAACUGCUCACACAGUGCUAUAUCCUUGUUCAGGGUAACACCGUCUCUGUCAUGGGUCCCUACACACAUAUGAAGACUCUGCGACGAGUGAUUGAGGACUGUAUGAUGAACAUCCACCCCAUUUACCACAUCAAGGAGCUCAUGAUCAAGCGAGAGCUGGCCAAGCGACCCGAGCUAGCCGAGGAGGACUGGAGCCGUUUCCUGCCCCAGUUCAAGAAGCGAAAUGUUGCUCGAAAGAAGCCCAAGACCAUCAAGAACAAGGUUCGAACCGCUUUCCCUCCUGCCCAGCUGCCCCGAAAGGUGGAUUUGCAGAUCGAGUCUGGAGAGUUCUUCUUGGGUGCCGAUGAGAAGCGACGACGAGCCGACGAGGAGAAGCGACAACAGCAGGCUGCUCGAAGUGCAGAGAAGCAGGCCCAGAGAGAGCUGGCCUUCAUUGCGCCAGACGAGGACGAAGAGAAGGCCAAGAAGGAAAAGAAGAAGGAGAAGAAGGAAAAGAAGGAAAAGAAGGAAAAGAAGGAGAAGAAGGAGAAGAAGGAGAAGAAGCGAAAGAGCGAUGACAGCGACGAUGAGGGAGAGAAAAAGAAGAAGAAGAAGAAGCGAUCCGUGGAGUAG